UUGGAAUUACUGCGUCAAUAAUUCACGUUGUUUUUCUCGACACUGGAAAUUAGAGUUCCAUGGUCUACUACGCCAUAAUUGUGUCGACAGUAUGCACUACGCCUUUUCCGCUGCCUCCUUCCUUUUGCAAACCACGCAGUUACAGCCAUGAGGUGUGCAAACAAGCCCAGAAUCAUCGGUUUGAUUCUUUCGGCGUGUCUUUCCAUGGCACUGCUGUAUCACUUUCUUUCCCCUUCAAAGUCGUAUUCAAUUGACUUGCCAGUUGAAUCUUCCUCCUCGAUUAACAUUUACGACAUGAAUGUAAUUAAAGCUACUGGUGAUGCUGCCCGAAACAAAGAACAAGUCCUUAUUCUUACCCCAAUUGCCCGUUUUUAUCAGGAGUAUUGGAAUAACAUCUUAAAACUUUCUUAUCCUCGUGACCUAAUCUCUCUUGGCUUCAUUCUUCCUCGUGGAAAACAGGGUCGUGAGACAAGCAAAAAGCUGCGCAAGGCCAUUAACCUUGUCCAAAGUGGACCCGCCAACAAGCGUUUUGCUGAGGUUACUAUUAUGAUUGAGGACCAGGAGAUCUCUACAGAGCAAUCUGAAAGCGAGCGGCAUAAAUUUGCGGCACAGAAGGAACGUCGUGGCCGUAUGGCUAUCACAAGAAACACAUUGCUUGAGGCAACUCUGACGCCUACAACCGCUUGGGUUUUCUGGUUGGACUCCGACAUUGUGGAGACGCCUCCAACUAUCAUUGAAGAUAUGACCUCUCAUAACAAAGAUGUGCUAGUCGCUAACUGUUACCAACGUUACGGCAAGAACCAAAUUCGUGAGUAUGACCUUAACAAUUGGCGUGAAAGUCAGACUGCCAUUGAACUUGCUCAAGGAAUGAGUGAAGACGAAAUUGUCGUGGAGGGUUAUCAUGAAAUCGCAACCUAUCGUCCUCUUUUCGUGUAUGAUCGUGAAGAAAAUGGAGACCCUGACAGAGAAAUGGAACUGGAUGGUGUCGGAGCUACCGCUUUGCUGGUGAAGGCUGAAGUUCAUAGAGACGGUGCGAUGUUCCCUUCUUUCCCCUUUUACCAUCUUAUUGAAAGUGAAGGUUUCGCUAAAAUGGCUAAGCGACUGAAUUACCAAGUUUGGGGUCUUCCGAACUACUUGGUUUAUCAUUAUAAUGAAUAGUCUCAGCAAGAUUCGAUUUUCUUUUACAUUUGAUUGAAUAUUUCUCCUUGCGUGCUUUAUGUUCAUACAAAAACGAAGUACCAUUGCCCUGCCUUUUCGUUUCCGUGUGGUAAAAAAGCACAUUUGAGUUUUAAUGAGGAGGGCAAUUGUGUAUGAAAAGUUUCUUUAUUCACCUUUUAUUCUGUCAUUUUUUGACUCCUGUUUCUGGCAAAAUUGGUUGUUGGGAUGGGCCGUUGUUUGCGCUAUCUUACCGCUAAUAGCUUCAUUAAAGGACGCUGGCUAGGGUCGGUUCAACUGCGGUGCAAACACAUAUACGUUCAGUCAGCCCUCGCCCCGUUUAUGCCCGGUUGCUGCGUAUGUCGUCUCCUCGUCUUUGAUCGCAAGAUCGCCCUAGGCGAAGAAUUGAGGUUCCUAUGUUGCGAGAUAGACGGCCAUACACAAUGAAAGAAUAAUUUAGAGUUCUUUCUUGGGAUCAUUUAUGAGGUAUAUGUUUCUAAUUCAACUAGGCCAUUCGGUUGAAGUGACAAUGUUAUUCGAAACGGAAUUAUUUAAAACUCACUCACGGUUUAGAAGAGGUUUGCGUUGAGGGCAAGACUUGAGUGCAUCUUCAAUGAAGCAAACAAUUCAAGUUCUGCUUAUGCAUGUGAUGUUCUUCUUUCAAUACGUUACCGAGGGGAAGUGUACAUAUGCUCGCUAUUCUUUUUGUUCCAUUCGUUUAAACAAACAAUCUUUAAAUAAUAUAACGAAACUGUUAACUAUAUAAUAUAACUUUACUAUUUUAGUAUCGCGGUCUUGUUGUUUUUGAAAGCCGGAA